AACGCUUAUAUGAUGUACUUUGGAUAUGUACUUUGCAUGACAAUAAAAGGGGUUGUAAAGACUGAUCAACACUCAUACAGGAUUAUGCUGACAAUAUACAGAGCACAUUUGAGAAGAAAACACAGAACAGCUUUAAGAGCAUGGAUACCACAAAAGGAGCAUCAUCACACCGUCAUGAACAGGGCCAUUAUCUAUCCGACCAGCAUAAACUGAGACUGGUCUUGGUUGGGGUGAGAGAAGCUGGGAAAAGUGCCACUGGUAAUGCCAUACUGGGUAAGAAAGCCUUUGACGAGGUCGGGGUGAAAACCAAAGUGAGCGUCUCCUGUCAGGGUCUGGUACAAGGGACGCAGGUACUGGUGGUUGACACACCAGGCUGGGAAUGGUUUAACAUCCAGGGCACCGCAGCAUCAACAUGGACACUUAAAAAAGAGAUGAUUAGAAGUAUGACCUUGUGCCAUCCUGGUGCCCAUGCCCUGCUGUUGGUGGUGCCACUAUCAUUCUCGUUCUCCAAGCGUGAGCGUUGUGCCAUCGAGGAACACGUAGAGCUGUUUGGUCCAGAAGCCUGGAGUUACAGCUUGGUGCUCUUCACCAUCUUAGACAUAAAGCAGUUGCGUGGUUCCAGCCCACAGCAGGAAGUGCUGGAGAACGAGGACCUACAUAGACUGGUUAGGAAAUGUGGAGGCCGUUUCCAUGCCUUGUACAGCAAACCACAAGGAACUAAGGACCAGGUGGCUGGCCUACUGACUAAAAUCAAGAAGAUGGUGGCUAAUAAUGGAGAAAGUGUGCUCUCCAGUGAAGAGAUUCUUGAGCGGGCCAAGGAAAGAGAGGAAGAGGAGAAGAGAAAAGAGGAGGAGGAUAGAAUCAAGAGAAAUGAGAAGAAACGGAAAAGUAAAGACAAGAAGUUAAGGAGCAGACUAAGCACAUCACAAUGUUAAACAGAAAGACUCAGCUCAACAACAGAGGCGCUGCAUACAGCAGUGAAUAAAGCAAAGAAAGGUAAAGCAAGGACAUCAGUGUAUAUAUUGGAAGCACUACCUACCUGCAAAUCUACAAAUCGCCACUAGAGGCCACCACUUCUCAUUUAAAAUAUUUAUGAAUAUAAUGUAAAUUAUAAAAUAAACUUUGGGCACAUAAACCUUUUCUGAUAACUUAUUGUGAUUAUAUAUAAAAAGCACAUAAUUGAAUGGACACAAGAAGACAACCAAACCAACAUGUGUAUAGGCAUGUUUAUUUAUGUUGGGUUUUACAAAAAAACAUAUUUACAGUUCAGUCAAAAUUAAUUAUUGCCAUGUAUUUUACAACUGAUUAUUGUAAAUUGUAUAACAUUUGUUUGUCAUUUCUCAUAAAAGUGUAUGUACAUUUUUCACAAUUAAGGUGCUUCAAAAAUCUUACAGCAAUGUCAUAGAGGAAACAUUAUGGUUCCCCAAAAAAUCGUUCAGUCCAAGUUUCUUAAAAUAACUUGUUUCAUACCUUUAUAUAAUAUACAGAACCUUUGUCCACUACAAAAAAACUUUUGUGCAAAGCAAAAAUUGUGAAGCACCAUAACUUAUUAAGAGUAAUACAUCUGCAACCUUUUCUCACUUCUACAGUACCAGUUUUUUGGGUUCAAAGUUAUUAUUAAUAAUUUACACUUCCACUCACACUGUAAAAGUUCUGUGUUGAUCUUAAAUGUUUCAACAACUUGAAUAAAUAAGUCAUUUUUUAAGUUUUUAGACUAGUUAGAAGUUGCUAU